CGUUGCUCAACAAAACUCACCCUGUGUGUUUCUAAUUACCAUUCUGUCGAUCCAAAGUGCGCGUCUGGUCGUGCAAGUGAGCUUGCCAUUAAUCAUUAAUAGAUCUCGUGAUAGUAAGCAAAAACGCCAGUAUAGUUCCUACAAGGGAAGUCCACCUUAUCUCGAAAUCUGUGCCCUGCUUAAAUCCGUUGUCAGAGAUGAAGUUGACAACAAGACAACAACACCAGUGGUUCCUGUUCAUCUGCCUAAUGUUCAUGCCGUGGGUUUCGUGUCGCAGGUUGGACAUCAACCGCAACAGCGAAGGAACCUUCCCUCGACCGCUACGAUUUCAACGGAGGUCUGUUUCCUUCCGGGAAGAUGACGCCACGUUGGACCACGGUAGAUAUCUUACCUCCACCGUCCGUGGUUUGGACUCGUCGAGGGACCGACGCCGAAUUGAGUACAAUUCGAAUCCUGACUUUUAUUUCGACUACUCACCAGACGGAAGGAUUACGUCCGGAAUAGGACGCAGUCAGGCGGUUAAAGCGAUUACUGCCGAAGCUUUCUCCUAUCAAGAUAGUGAUCUGAACGGGCCCACAAAUUGGUAUCGGAUCGCUCCACAGUGCGGAGGUCGUUUCCAAAGUCCGAUCAGUUUGAACACGAGCAGUGCGCUGAUUGUAAGAAACAAGCGCCCUCUGCAACUGAUCGGUCAAACAAAUCUUCCUCAAGGGAUUCGGCUGCAGAAUGAUGGUCAUUCUGCUAAGUUUACCUACGUUUGGAGUACUGGAGAUCGUCCGUACAUUCGCGGAGGUCCUCUGAAAACCAAAUACUACUUCGAGCAGUUCCACUUCCACUGGGGUUCGAACAAUACGGUUGGAUCGGAGCAUGUUCUAGACUCGCAGCGUUAUCCGAUGGAGCUGCACCUGCUGUUUUAUAAUGCCAUGUAUACCUCAUUCGAAGACGCGCGUAAUGAAGUGGAUGGAUUGACAGUGAUUGCCUUGUUCUACGAACUUUACACUGAAAACGACGAACCGCUGAACACGUGGACUCGUUUCCUAAGAGAGAUCAUCACUCCAAAUACGGAGUAUAACAUUCAAUUCAUCGAUACGUUUCCAUUAUACGAUCUCAUCGGAAACGUCGAGUGGCCAUACUUGUCCUACGAGGGCAGUUUAACUACUCCGCCCUGCCUUGAGACGGUCACCUGGAUCGUAUCGACAAAGCCGUUACUCAUAACUCCAAAGGAGAUUAGGCAGUUCCGUCGGUUGAGAUCCCACAGAGGGUUAAUGGUUAACAACUUCAGACCGGUGCAAAAAUUGUACAAUCGUCGGGUAUUCCUCUAUUGAUGUAGACAGACACUACCAAAGGACUUUAUAAUAGGCUGCAUUUGAGGAUGUUGAAGUUUUCGUGAUGAUUGUGAUACCAUUCCGGUGUAAUUUAUCUGUAUUACCAAAAGGUCUCAAAGUAUUUGUUGUAUUUGAAGGCGAAGUUUCUAGGCAGUGUAGGUUAAGUAGGCAAGGAACUGAAGUACACAAAACGUUUCACGUUGUAUGUAACAUAUCCAAAGCGAGCUGUAAACCAAAAAUGUAGAGCUGUAUUAUAAUUUGAUCAUAAACGAAGCUAUUUUCAAAGUGAUUACAAUAAAAAGACUUAACAAUUUUAACUCA